UCUAAUGCGUAUGAGUAUGCUUCAACGGUUCUUUUGCGGUCACACUGCAAGCCAGACGAAAAAAGACGCGAAAAGAUGCAGAGAAUAUAAACAACGGUGUACUAUGCGACCGUACAAAUAUUUGAGAUUACAUACUGAAAAAUGGAAGCAGUAUCGAAGAUUUCCCUGAUAUUGUGUGCCUUGUUUGUCGUGCUCAACGCCGCAACGGCCAUCAGUGGCGACAGCACCCACUGUCUGGCCACAUACAGCAGUGCCGAGGCGUACCUGGCCCAAAUCCCGCAGCAACAUCGUCCACAGAUCAGGCCCAGGAUAAGGACCUGGCAGGAGCACGAGUUCUCACUGCUGGGCUACAAGUUCCACCUGCCGUUCGUUGGCCAUGCCGUCGACUCGGAUCUAGAUGAUAGUGACAGUGAUGAGGAUCUGUGGCUGGAUGCGGCGGACGCCGGAUCAGAGAGCGUAGAGGUGGAGGAGCAUGAACUUCCUUCGGUCGGUAACGUCGAUCCCACGGGCAAUGUUUUUAAGCUUAGCUGCGAGGAUGUGAACCUGAGGCGUGUUAACCAGGAGCUGCUCUCCCAGCGAAGCUCACACAUUAAUUACAACCAGCUAAUGCUGGCCCAUGUACCUGCGGAUCGCAGUAAUCCCCUGAAGCUGCCGCAGCUCGAAAGUCUGAGGGAAUUCAGCUGGCAGAGUAGUGAGCUUAAAGAUGAAACGCUCAGGGAGCUGUUCACCCGCCAGCCGCACUCCUUUGAGUAUAUGGAACGGCUGAAUCUCGCCGAGAAUCGCCUGGAGUGCCUUCAUUGGGCCAUUCCGCUGGCCGUGCGGCGCGUGAAAGUACUUAAGAUGAGCGGUAAUCGACUGAGCAAUUGCAGCGUGCUAAACCUGCAGCACAUGAAGCAACUGCAGGAGCUGCACUUGGACAGAAGCGAACUGACCUACCUACCGCCGCGCUUCCUGGGCGAGCUGAGCGAAUUGCGCAUGCUGAAUCUCAGCCAGAACUUGUUGACGGAGCUUCCACGGGACAUAUUUGUUGGAGCCCUGAAGCUGGAGCGCCUCUAUCUGUCCGGAAACCGGCUGAGCGUCCUGCCAUUUAUGCUCUUCCAAACGGCAGCCGACCUCCAAGUGCUGGACCUCAGCGACAACCGCCUGCUUUCCUUUCCGGACAACUUCUUUGCCCGCAACGGGCAGCUGCGUCAGCUGCACCUGCAGCGAAAUCAGCUUAAGUCCAUCGGCAAGCAUAGUCUGUACAGUCUGCGCGAGCUGCGUCAGUUGGACCUUAGCCAAAAUUCUCUGUCCGUCAUCGAUCGAAAGGCGUUCGAGUCUCUGGAUCACCUGCUCGCCCUGAACGUGUCCGGCAACAACCUGACCCUGCUGUCAUCCAUCAUCUUCCAGUCGCUGCAUGCCCUCAGGCAGUUGGAUCUCAGUCGGAACCAGUUCAAGCAGCUGCCCAGUGGGCUGUUUCAGAGACAGCGCUCCCUGGUGCUGCUACGCAUUGAUGAGACGCCCAUAGAGCAGUUCUCCAACUGGAUAUCGCGCUAUGACGAGUCCCUUGUGGAUCCGCAAGUGCUCCAUCGUUUGCGCUACCUUUCCGUACAGCAGAACCGGAAACUAACGCAUUUACCCGCCACCUUGUUCGCCAAUACUCCGAAUAUAAGGGAGCUGCUGCUGGCCGAGAACGGAUUGCUGCAGCUGCCCACCCAGAUCUCAGGACUGUCGCGAUUGCAGCGACUCAGUGUGCGUGGCAAUAGCUUGGGAUCACUGCCCGAAAAUAUCAAAGAGCUCAGACAGCUGCACUACCUUAAUAUAUUGGGCAACGAGUAUCAGUGCGACUGCAGCAUGUAUUGGCUAACUGCCUGGCUGGCGAAUACCAGCACUAGCCUGCGUCACCAACUCCCACAGGCACAGAACCAUAGCAAUGGCAGUCCCAACCAGACUCCACUGGACUCGUACGAGAGUAUCGACCAUCAAAUCGAUGCGCUCAAGUGUCAGUAUGGUUAUCGCGGCGAUAUGCUCCGCGUGCUAAGCAAGCUCAACUGCUCAGUGCCCUCGGUGGUGCAGUUCUCCGAGCCAAAGAUGCACAAGCUUCUCUCCACCGCCAAGCUGGAGUGCCAGAUUUCAGGGAGCCCAGUGCCGGACAUCAUCUGGGUGACACCACGCAAUAAGAUUUUACGCCACCAUGCUGAUCCUGACAAGCGGCCGAUCAUCAUCGACAGCAAGGAGGAUGCUCACCAGCCACCGAGUGCCCAGGAGCUAGCUGCCCUGAUGGACGAGAGCUACAUUCAAUUGUUGAACUGGACACGCCAGAAUAGUCUAGUGGGACGACGUGUGGUGCUGGUGGAGAACGGUUCGCUGCUGGUGCACAAUAUUUCGAGAAUUGACAGUGGCCUCUACACUUGUUAUGCGUUCAAUGUGAUGGGCAAAGCCUCGGCAGGAUUACGACUGUACAUCGAUCCCAUUGUGUUCUACCGAGUUAAAAUCGGUAGCAUUCUGUUUGGCACGGCUCUGGCCACCGCAUUCCUGCUGCUAACCCUAAUUGUGCAGGGAUUGAGGAGCUGCCUGUCACGCUGGGGCAUCUGUAAUCGCUUCUAUUGCUGCGUCAAUCGAAAGAAGAAGUCACCGCGCAAACGCCAAAUAUACGCUAUGCUGGACAGCAUCGAGACCUACAAGAGCCAGCAAUUGGAGAGGCUGAGAGAGAACUACACGCAGCAGGUGCACCGCAUCCGGGAGAACUGCGCCCAGCAGGUGGAGUGGAUCCAGAGCAGCUACACCAGCCAGGCCAAGCAUAUUCGCGAGUUCCGCGACAUAGGCUCGAAUCAUCUGACCACGCUGAAGGACCAAUACUACGAUCAGGUGAAGAAGGUGCGCGACUACUCCACAGGCCAGUUGAGCUGGGUGCGGGAAAACUACGUCUUCCAAAGGAACAAAAUCCGGAAGUUUAGUGCGCAUCAGGUAUUGCGCCUCCGCGAGGGAUACAAAUACCAACAGCAGACGCUGAACAAGGUGCUGGAGAACCUACCUAGUUUCUACUUUGAGAAUUGUCGCGGAGGAUGUGAGGAAGACAUUGCCGAGGACAUAGACUGCUACUUCAAAGGCCAAAUGGACUUUGGUGGCUCCAAGGAGCUGCACAUACAAAAAAUUAAGGCGCGCCUAUCUGCUAAUUACUCAGCGAGCAAGGCGUCGCUUUACUAUACCCCACCAGACGAUGACUUGCUGCAUAGUUCGCAACUUAACCUGCAGACCUCCCCCAUCCACAUCAACUACAUUGAUGAGAAUCUGGAUCAGCAAAAGCAGUUGGAGCACGAUUUCAAAAUGGAACCCCAGCUAUUGCUUUACAAUGCCCCCAUGCUCUAUAUGAAUCCUGAAGGCGCCAGCAGCAGUAGCCAGGCGGCGGCUUUGGCGGCAGCAGGGGCUCUAUCGCAGUUCAUCAGCGUGGAGGACAAUAAUCAAGAGCAGGAGAUGCAGCCGCUAAGAAAGAUCAGCGGAAAAGCACUGGGGAUGCCCGAACUGAAGGACUUGAACGAUGUGAAGAGCUCAAAGUCAUGUCCGGCCAUUUAUAAGGUUUCCAAACAGCGAGAUGGUAGCACACUGCAUGAGCUGCAGAAGGAGGGCGAAGCACCCUACCAAAUGCUUCGCCUAAACCCGGUGGAGACCACUUCGCUGACCUCAUCCGUUGCUCCUACGAUGAGGACGGAGAAACUGAACAUUAUCCUGGACGAAUGCGGCACGGCGUCGUUGUGCAAAGCGGAGCAGGAGGGCGACGCAGGGAAUAGCGAGACUCCACCGUCCGAGUCCAGUUGUGAGUCCAACAGCUUGGCCGCCAGUUGCGGCGACGUCUGCCAGGUCAGCAGCAAGCUGGGAAAUGCCGCCUCAUUAUCAUCUACUCCCCCCAAGCCUGACCACGCCAGCACUUAGAGAUUUUUUUAAAUUAAACAUUAGUAACGAAGAUAUAAACUGUAUAGAAGUACGUAAAUCAAACACGCAUCUGCAAAUGAAGUUAAUGUUAAUGGUUACGCUACGAUGGUAGGGCGGACAACAAUAAUUAAACUUAGAGUUAAUUAGCAAAACACAGAAAUUCAAGUGCUGAACAUUAGGAAAUAUAUAUGUAUAUCGGAACAAGUCAUACGAUUACACCGACCGAUGAGCUGAUCAAAAACCAAGCUUAAUGAAUUUAAAAUUGAGAUCAAUUCACCACUGGAUUCCAUCGCUGAGGUAUCACGUCAAUAAAACUUGAAAAGAGCCCCCAUUUGUGAUUUCAUUACAUAACGAGUUUAAAGCAUCAAAACUGUAAAGUGCAAGGCGUAUUUUAAAGUGAAACUGACAAAUUUUAAUUGAACUGUAUGAAAAUAAAAGCGUAUAUAACAAAUAAACCAUAACAUA